GAGCAAGUAAACAAAACCAUAAAUGACACACACUUGCUUUGCUUAGCAAAAAGUACAACAGAAAUUGAAUGUAGGCAACUGUCUCCAACAUUAAAAUUGCUAUAUUUUUACAUUCAAUUACCACACCUAAAUCCCACAUCUAUCUAUAUUUUACAUUCACUCUCUUUUCCCCCCUUUAUUUUCUCUCUCUUCCUCCCUUCAAAUAUUUCUCUCACCAUUAUUAAAUGAAACCCAAGCAAUCUUACCACACUUCCAUACCAAAAUUCAAUCUAACUCAUUAAUAUUAUUUCCUUUCCUUCACCAUCCACUCCAACUGUUCGACGAAAUUCCUCAAAGAAAAAUAAAUCUUCCAUUAAUAAUGGGCAAGAAGAAAAUGAAGCUUCCAUUUCUCUUUCAAUCUAAAAGCUUAGACCCAAAAACAUUUUCUUCUUCACUUUCAAAUUCAUCAUCUUCCCAACCUUGGCCUUUUCCUUCUUGUGGAAACAUAAAGACUCUUUCUUUUCGAGCCAAAGAUAAUGAUGAUGAUGCUUUUAGAACCUUCAACUCUGCUUUUCUUGAAUCUGAAAUGACCCCUCCUGAAUCUUGUUUCACCAUUUCUUCCUCUUCUAGAAGCUUCUCGACUAUGUCGGAAGAUUCCGGAGACCCCCUUGAGUCCGUCAUUCGUGGGUUGAGGUCCGAUAGGCUCUUCUUCGAGCCUGAGCGGAGUAGCUCAUUGCUACUCCACUUACAAGACGAACGAAGUCAAGAACUUGAACCACAACAACUAGACCAACAACCCAUUAUAAAUCCGGUCUCAUCGGAAGAUUCGGAAUUAGUAGUAGAUUACAAAGAGAGUGAGGUAUUAUCAAUGGACUCAAAUAGUCCAUAUGAAGAUUUUAGAAGGUCAAUGGAAGAAAUGGUGGAAGCUCAUGGUGUUAAAGAUUGGCAAGGGUUAGAACAACUUUUGGGGUGUUACUUAAAGAUUAAUGGCAAAAAUAAUCAUGGGUAUAUUGUUGGUGCUUUUAUUGAUUUAUUGGUUAAUCUUUCUUUUGCUUCUUUUGAAUCAUCUUCAACUUCAACACCAACAACAAGAUCAACAACAACAACAACAACUACAACAACAACAACAUCAUCCUCUUAUUCUAACUACUCUUCUCCUUCUUCACCUCUAUCUUUGCCUUCUUCCUCGCUCACCACCCCUUGUCUUUCUUCAAUACUCGAUCAUGGCGACGUUGAUGAGCAAGAUGAGGAUGAUGAUCAUGUAUGAUUGAUGAGUAAAUCUACAUAUUAGUUUAGUGAAUUUUGAGGGUGGGUUAGUUAGUAUUAAUUGAUCUUAAUAGAUCUUCCUUAUGGUUUAUUAUUAAUUAAGUAGUAUUAAUAUUAGUAUUAGUAAUAUUUUUAGGGUCAAUGCUAACUUGAUUAUUAUGCACAUUGAAAAAGAUUGAAGUUAAAAAAUUUUCAAUCUAUUAUUGAAUGUUAUUAUUGUAUGUACAAUCUAUCUAUAUAUCUCGAGUUUGGUUAGACUAGGUUUAUAUUUUCCUCUGAAAUUGGCCUCAUGAAAGUCUGUGAUGAGUACUUGUAAAGGAAACUGCACAUGUCAUAUCACAUGAAUUGGAGAAAUCAGAAAAAUGAGGGGUUCAAAUUAAAAAUUUUGGUUAAUACUUGUAUAAUGUUAGAUUUGUUAUUUGUUUUUUGUUAAGUUAGAUUGUUCUGUUUUUUUGCUAAUUUAGGAAUUGCCCUUUGUCUUGGGUAAUGGCCAUUCAAUUAUACGUAGUAUAUAAAAUUUACAAGUGCUAUUUAUUACCAUUGUCAUGAAUUAGGUGAUCUUAAAUAUUUUGUUUCAUAAAAGAACAUCUGAACUAGAAAAUUU